AUGCGCCUCCAGGGCGCAGACGGGCUACGGCAGUUUUUCUGCGGAAUAUACGGGGGGCGUGGCACUGAUGGCGAGACUGGCCUUGACAUGCGCACUGGGGUCCUAUUUGACAACCUGCCGCAGCUCGAGACGCCACGGCUGUUACCUGAUGCUGACCUCGCUCUCUAUGUUCAGCAGUACAUGCGGCAACCGGCGCCGCAGCUACGAGGGCCGCUGAACUGGUACCGCACUGCACGGCUCAACUACGAGGACGAGCUACCAUUCGCACAUGCGGGGGUUAAGAUCGAGGCUCCAGCGCUGUUCAUCGAGUCGAGCGAUGAUGCGGAGUUGCUGCCAUCUAUAGCGGCGGGGAUGGAGAGGUAUGUCACGAACUUAUCUAAGGAAGAGGUUAAAUCGUCGCACUGGGCGUUGACGCAGGCUGGGCCAGAGGUGGAUGGGAUAAUUGGCAUGUGGCUGAAUCGAGUUAUAGAUGGGUCUGGUGAGGCAGGCCUCUAG